AUGGCUUCCACGAGGGGACCGAGACAUACCAUGCAAAUCACCCCGGCCCGGACGUGCCGAGUAUACACUACAGCCAUCCGGAUGCCAGCUGCCCCCCUACCAUUCCGUACACGAACGGACCAAGCAAUGGCUAUCCCGGCCCGCCCUACCCCCAGCAACUCGACGCCCACGCCCAACCCCACAGCAUCCUCUCAGGCAACGACGACAGCCGCUCCGCUCCAUCCUACAAUCUAUUUCGACUCGUCCCUCCAGCCGUCUACGACGUCCUACGACCAGAGCAACCCAUUCCCUUUGCACAACCCUACAGGUCCCGAACGCAUACACCCCAGCCCACGGAGAUGCAACUCAGCACGCGAAAUGAUCUCAUCUCCCCACGACACAGAACCCAACUCCUCCAUUAUCCGAGCAAGAAGCGACAAUGCCCUGGCCGAAUUCCAGCAAUCCAUGCUGACCCAGAGCAUCGCAGAGCUCUCCGUUCCACCUCCAGUUACCAUCGAAAUACCCCCAGCGCCUGUAGAGAAGAAAAGAGGACGGAAGAAGAAACAGAGUCUACCGGACGCUGACGAAGAUGACGAACUGGCCCAGCCAGCCACAACCACCGCUACAUCUGUGGUUCCAAACCUGCCGGAGAAACGGCGAGGCAGGCCGCCAAAGAAUGCGAAAAAGGAGACGGAGGAUGCUGCGGAUGCGGUCGCCGAGACUGACCCUCAACCAGAAACCAUACAAAAUGGCGCGUCUGCCACGGCGGAACAACCAACAGUCACCAUCCCAAUAGAACCACCCAAUCCGACAACCAGGGAACCCAAGAAAAAGAAGAUCAAGCGCGGAAAAACCACAUCUCUAACGCUGCACAAGACAUACGCAUCCGACGUCGAAGAUGACGUGAUAUGGGUUGACGAACGGCCCGCAAACAUCAUGGCCGACGAGCCCAACAAUUACGCUCUACCUGAUAACAACACCGUCGAAGUCGCAUCCGAAACAAACCCCGAACCUGCUCCUGCGCCCGGAAAGCGCGGCCGCAAGAGAAAGAAAACCUCCGAGCAACCCAUAGAAGAAAAAUCCGCAGACCCAGCUGCAGAACCGGUCCAAACAGAACCAGAAACACCAGUCGUCCCUGAGGACGCCGACAAGACUGUACCCGACGAAUCGACAACGAACAAUACCGAACUCCCUCCAGACCUUCAGCCUUCCUCUCCUACCAAAACCGAACACAACCCGCCAAAUGCACCACCCGUGACGCCGAAGAAGUCAGAACCACAAACCCCCGAUCCUUUAUCAAUGUCUAAUAAAGGGCCUACCAAGCACAGCCCCAUAUCCACUACAAGCAAGGUGCCCUAUCGUGUUGGGCUAAGUCGAAGGGCACGAAUUGCUCCGCUUCUGAAAAUUGUCAGACGCUGA